UAUUGCGGGCCGGCGCUGUAAUUUUGGAAUCUGCCCUUGUGCAUGGCGGACGAAAAAAUUCCUCACCAGGACCAGCGGCUCAACCUCCCCCCCAGUGCGAGGGCUGUUAAGCGGACAGCCCCGCACGGUCCGUACUGUCGUGUAAUUGUCGAGUCGUUACGUUAUUUGCUCUGAAAAAAAAAAUGUAACGUAGCGUGUCGAGACGGCGAGGGGGGGGAAAACACAAGACUUGAGGGGAAAUUUCUCACAUUUUUGAAUUUCCUCAUAACUAAUUCACAUUUUUUUCCCUCCCCCGGAGGAGGAAGCCGUUGUUGCAGUAAAUCCUGGCCGGGGAAAGGAGGCUUUUUCGUCAGGAGUGUUUUCGCAUGAGCUACGACGCUUUUGGAGAAGUUCAGGGUCAGAGAAGGCGGAGUCAUGAGUGCACAACAGUCACCCAAUCCAGGCACGGAGCUGGUGAGCGGUGGGAGCAACGGUCCCCCUUCCACUUCUGCAGUAGUCAGCCAGGAUGCCGUUGUCAGCCAGGACGCCAGCUCGUCUCCUGUCAUGAUCAAGAAGGAACCAGGCACCACGGAGACGAGCAAUGGCACAUUUGGUGACAAUCCGGCGGAGAUCUGCGUCGUCAUCGGAGGAAACGACGGCAAAGCGAGCGGAGGCGGAUCUCGCAGAGGCCAGACCGAGGGUAUGUUCGCCCUUGGUACUCCUCCUCCAACCAAGAGCACAGACUCAUGCAUAGGUUCCUAUGUAUGUGGAGUUUGUGGGAAGAAGUACAAGUAUUACAACUGCUUUCAGACGCAUGUCAGGGCACACAGAGAGUCUGAGAGCAUGGUUGCGGAUCUACAACCAACGCCCAACAGUGGCUUCCGUUACUCCUGUGACAUCUGCGGCAAGAAGUAUAAAUAUUACAGCUGCUUCCAGGAACACCGUGACCUGCACGCAGUGGAUGAUCCAUAUGAGCAGGUCAUGAUACCCAUUGACAGCCUAAAAGAAGAGGAACCGAUAGAAUCGUAUCAUAAAAUUGGACCAAAAACGGGCAGCUUUGUUUGCGAGUUCUGCGGGAAGCAAUACAAAUAUUUCAACCCAUACCAGGAGCACGUUGCCCUUCACACACCCAUGAGCUCCUUUGAUUUGAAAGCGUCUCGGGUGCAGGAGUGUGGGAGCUUGGACAUGAGCAAAUUUGGCCACAGCCAAACUGAUAAGAUGAAAAGCAGUCAGUUUAGACGGAAACUGGAGAAUGCAUUACAGUCUAGUCUGAUUGACACAAACAGUUCACAGAAUUCAAGUGGCACUCCGAGCCCUCUUGUGGCCACUUCCUUCCCUACACCUCAGAAACCCUACACUUGUGGUGCCUGUGGCAUCCAGUUCCAGUUCUACAACAACCUGCUGGAGCACAUGCAGUCCCACGCUGCUGACAACGAGAACCAUACCAAAGGGGACUCUCCAAAAGCCUCCUCAGCAUCGGGUCCUCAGGAGCCGCUGUGGAGAGUGUCUCCUGCUCAGGCCCCCCACCCCUCAGUCAAACUACAGAUACAACCUCAAAGUCUCGCCCAGAGGAACCACAAUAUCAUCCAGAAUAAUGGGCUGCCUGAGAAGGAGCGGCUACAGGUGGCUGAGCGUCUCUUACGGGUAAUGUGUUCUGAUCUGAACAUGCUCAACGUGCUCAACAGCAAGGACUUUCUCAAGCUGGCGCAAACGCUUGUGGACACGGGGGCGCGUCACGGGGCCUACUCCACCCGCGACGCGCUCGGCAACAUGAGUGCCUUGGCGCUGCGUCAGCUACCCCGCAUGUACAACCAGGUCAAGGUCAAGGUGACGUGCGCCCUCGGCUCCAACACGUCUCUGGGCAUCGCUGUCACAUGCCACUCCCAGACGUCAGGCCCGGACGCUUGCUACGUUCUGACGGCGUACCAGGUGGAGGGCUCGAGACUGAAACGUUAUGUGCUUGGUGUGCGGGAGGCGGAGCUGAGGGAGGGGCCGGAGCAGAUUCACCACUGGGUCCAGAAUGUGCUGUCUGAGUUUGUGAUGUCAGACAUUCGCACUGUGUACCUGGCAGAACCUCGGGUGUCGGCAGCCGGAUUUGGGGCAUCCCCGCUCAGUGGCAGGGGCAGGAUAUGCUUGCGCUGCGCAGGGUGUUCACUCGGCGCUGUGGUCCAGGCCGUCCUGGGUAAGCGUAGCUUGCAGGCUCGAGGCCUUCACGAGCUGGCCGAACUCCUCGCCAUGUGCAAAGACAUCUCCGCCUCCACCACACUGGCACUGAGGGAGGAGCAGUACACCAACACUUCCCUAAGCACGACCGAAGAAGGAGCGCAGGUCAGCGCUGCACAGUGCCCCACCCCUCCCUGCUGGGACCGCACGGCUGAGGCCCUUCUGCAGGUGCACACUCACUUUGAGCGCAUCUGUGAGACAUAUGGACGCAGCAAGUCCACAGCGCCGCUGCUCCAGGGCCUCAACAAGCAUUUGCUAGGCACGUUGACUUGUCUGCUGGCCCCUCUUCGCCUGGCAGCAUUGGAGCUGAGCAGCCAGAGGAGGCCCACCCUGCAGCAGGUGCUUCCCGUCUACCUGCGCCUGGAGAAGUUCUUCACUUCCAAAGCCGGAGAGGCGGGAACCGGCAUGGCCAGCAAACUCUGCCACUACUUCCUAGAAGCACUCAAGGAGAACUUCAAGGUUGAGCGAGCCCACCAGGUGGCGAUGGUAUUGGACCCUCAGCUCAAGCUACGUUCAGUACCGGCUUACCAGCACGAGGAUAUAAUCUCCCGAGCGUGUGAACUUGCGGCCGAAACCAAGGAUGCUGGCAUAACUGGUGCAGGGGCGUCGUGCGGCGAGGAGCGGGACAAUGACGGCCCGCCCAUGCCCAAAAUAACCCGAGUUGAGGGAGCCGGAAACAACGGUGGCCUUUCGAGGGUAACAUUGCCUGGCAAUGACGGGAGUCAAAGCCAUGUCAGGCAAGAGAUCUUCCAGUACCUGGCGGAGCCUCUCCUCCAAGGCACCACAGAUCUCUUCCACUAUUGGAGCUCAACUCUGGGUAACAAGUUCCCCAGGCUGGCCCGCCUUGCUCUGUGGCUCCUGGCUGUGCCCGCGGUGGGCAUACGAAGCGAAUGCGUAACUGUGUGCGAGCAGAGCCUGGCCAUGAAGAGGAGGCAGCAGGUAACCGCUGAAGAAAUGAACAAACUAAUUUUCCUUCGCUCCAACAUGGGCUAACAGACCAAACGUUCUCCUCCCAUCAGAGACUUACCUAUAUAGGCUUAGACCGAGUGUAAACCUUAAAUGUGUAUGGACAGACGAAAAAAGAUGUUUUUAGGUUGCAAGCACUUGGAACAAUAAGGCUUAUCACAUACUGUAUUGGGGACACAAUGACAUGGAGAUGUUCAGUGCUUUCGGAUUGGAACUAUAAGUGUUUGAGUUUUGGGCAAGCUUCUUUGGUCUGGCCUGAAGGCUCAACUGCAUUAAUGACUACAUGCUGUUAGACUUAGGAGACGGCAGGUAAGGUCAGUAUGAGCGAGGUUGGUGGCAUAAAUACUUUAGCUUUCGCAGUUGAUGCCAGGAUCAUUUUCUCACAAACGGUUCAUAAAUUUCACUGCCUUUUGCACCUCUUAAGUCUCACUACCAAAUUUGUGGCAAUGGCACAGAGAUUGGAAUUAUAUUUUUUUUUUGUUAUUACAGCAGCCUCCCCUAAAACUGCUAAACCAAUCACCUUUUCAAUAAGGUGAACUAUAUUAAACCUUGAUUACAGUCUUAUACUUUUCUAAUACGCUAACACCGUCCGCUGGUUCUUUUCUUUGGCUGGAUUUACAUGGCAGGCCUAAGUGGCCAGUUCCGAUUUAACUUUUUUUUUUUCUUCUAAAUGUCCAUUUACAGUGCAUCUACAUUUCAAGUGACAAGCUGUAUAGUUGUGUUUACCCUGACGGAGCACAUGAAACAACCCUUCUGCACAGACCAAAUUCCUCAUAAAUAACUAUACAAGCAUCAUCAACACUAGGCAGUGACAACAUGAAAGAAAACAAUGUAUAGAUAAUAAAACUAUUAAACGUUACAAUUAAAGUUGGGUAGCCUCAGCAGUAUUUCACUGGCUGUCCUCUGCAAUUAUUUUUCAAUCAUACACACACAUUUGGGUGUGUGUAUGUCACCAUCAGUGUAUAUGGAUGAUGUCGAGCUUGUAUCGAUGAGUGUCUAGACUAGACUAGACUGUCCUUUACAUAUCGGAUUUUUAUCCACAUUUUAAAAGAGGCCUGAUUUUCAUCUGAAGCUAUCCGAUUCCUUGCAUAUUAUUUUUUUUUUUACCCAUUUACACUUCAAUGACACAGGCCCACAUUGUAGCACUGGACAGCAAGAAAUUGGAAUCGUAUCACUUAAAUCAUGCGGUGUAAAUCCAGCCUUUGUCUCAUGCUGCUACAUGUGCUGCCGCAGUGCUUGGCUCGAAGGCACGUGUGACAACUCUGAUCAGACUUUUGGGGUUUUCGCGAUUAUUGUGGUAACAAUUGGCGUCAUACUUUGGGUACAGCCAAGGUUGUAAUUAAUAUAUUUAAAUCACAAGGCUGUUUUAGCUAACCUUCUGAAGAGAAACAUGCUGACCUGCUGUCGAUUAUUUUUUUUUUUAAUUAUUUUGUUUUUCAACUGUUAUUUACAGGCAAACAGCAGUAAUUUGAGUAGCCUUCGUGCUGGUAAACAUUGCUUAUAGGAACCUUUUUUGUUGUUCUUUUUAAUCACUAUAGUUUAGUCUUCCUUAAGUGGGGCUUAAUGUGUUGAUUUCUUAAGGCAAUAAGCAACAUGAUUAUUCGGGCAAACAUAACAGAAUCUACUAAAACCGACUGUUGGCAGACACACUGCUCCCACUGUCAAUCACUCUCUCUUUUUGUGGAAAUCAAAACAAAUCUCUCACAGAAACGAUUGAGCCUGCCAUUUCCUUCACCAUGCUUUGACCUCCAUAACGAGGUACAUGCGUACGCUCUCAAAAAUACAGCUUGUAGUGUCAUUUGAAAGAAACACAUUGUAUCAUGAGACAGAUGCACUAGCAUAGCCACUAGGGAUGGGAAUCAAAACCAGUAAUUCAAUUCCUAGGAAUCGUUUGUUUGCUGUCCUGGUGAUUCCGCUUAUGGAUUCCUCUUGCGCUACAAAUGAAUCAUGACGUCACACGUAUUUUGGUUCUAAACUUUUCCAACAUGGCAUCAAGGCAAAAGCACUCUAAAGUUCGGCUAUAGUUCACGCAAUAAAGAUGAUACUUGGGGGCUUGCAACACUUUAACAAAGCUUUAAUUUCGUCAAGGAGGGGAAAUACAUGCAAUAUUCAGCAGAAACAUAUUUUGUUCUGACAUUGAUAUCAUUUGUAUUUCAUUCCCUUUCCUAAUGAGAAUCUUAAAUUGAUAAGGAAAUAUUGAUAAUGGAAUCGGAAUCCCUAAAUUCUAAUCAUUUCCCAUCCUUAACGGCCGCAGAGUUCCACUCUAAUGAAGUCGUUCUUUUAUUUUUUUGGGGCGGGCUAAUACCUCCUUAAAAUGCCUUAGAUGAAUGGAAGUUUUCUGUGGUCUCUGGUAUUGGGUUAUUUCCGCCCUACAUUUGGGGCUUAUCGCUUACCUUUUGUCAACAAAAAAUGCCUUUGUUGCUAAUUCAUUGCCUUUUCUGCAACAUCCCAGUGAUAUUUAUUUUUUAUUUUAUUUUUUUGCUGCUUCUCAAUAUGAGCAUGCCCAUGGUGCUUUGUUCUAUAAUAAGAUAAGGGUAUGAUCUGUCUUCAAAUAAUACUAUAUUAGAACAUUCUACAGUAUUUAAACAGUGGAACAAUCUGAAACUAUAAACACCUAGCUUGACUCUCACAAAUGUCAUAGACACCACACUUUUUUUUUUUUUUUUUACUGUUCCUGGUGACUUUUGUCUAAAAGAAUAGCUUAUAGUUUAUUGAAAAUACACACUGAUUUUUAUCAUUUAAUAUUAUAUUUCUUUUCUUUUUAAAAUCAUGUCUGUUUUUGCGAGGCAUUGGAAGUGUAAGCUGAUUUUGUGCGACCAAGAUCUGGGAAUUAUGGAUGGGCAUUUGAGUACAUUUUCUUGAUCAACUUUUAAUUAAUGGGCAAUUAAUGGAUUACCUUAAUGUAAUAUUUAUGGGUAAACAUGUUAAGUUUGUGCAUAUCAUAUUUCUUUAUUUAAUUAAUCUUUUAAUAAUAGUUGUGAACAUCAAAAUUUGAAACAUUUCCCAAGGCAUCUUAUUAGCAUCUUUGUCACAAUACCCCAAGGGCCAAGAAUUACAGAACACUAUACACCCUAUUUCUUGUCUUCCUGAAAUUAGCCCAUUUGGUGGGAAAUGGCAUGACUUGUCUUAUUCAAGAGAGUCAGCCAUCAUCCUGGCCAGUACAUAGGCCAGGCUGAGGGUUAGGCCAAAGGCGAGCCCAGGGCUCGUCAUCUUGAAAACUGGAGCAGAGCCCGACCUUCGCGAUUAGUCUUCACACGGCUGCCUCUCGCCUGCUCUUGUAUGUGCAACAGUAGGCUAAAUCUCUCGAGCGAGUGUGCGCAUUCCCACCAGCUUUUGGCCUCUCGUCCUUUUGAAAACGGAGCCAAGAAUGUGGAGAAAGGGAAGGAAAGAAAGCCAGCGCUCGUAGAGAAAACAUCCUUUUAACUCAUUGAGGCAGUUCAUAUGCUACACCGUGUAGUGCAUGAACACUUUCCGGCAAUUGCUUGAAAGUGGCUCUGGAUCUUUGGCCUGCCUUGUUCUCAUGUCAUGGGUUGGGUAGUUAUGUAAAUUAGUUACAGUGUUAUUUAGCAGUGCAGCCAGCUAACAUUUUCAGAACUUGGCAAAUAACUCAAGCUUUACUUGGUGGUUUAAUUUCACACUUGAUGGCUCAGCAGGGCCCCCAGAGACACAUUUGCAUACAAGCAAUUUAAAAAGUAAAUUUUUCAUGUUAUGCUAUGUAACAAAUAGCACCAACUAGUUGAGUACAUCACCAGCGUCUCUGCUGGUUGCAGUCAAAUCGUGCACACCGUUUUUCCUCAAUAAACAAUGCUAAGCAAUCAAAGUUCUUAGCCAUCACUUGAUCCUUAUAUGAUUGCCAUUUUAAAUAUAUUUUAAAUGAGGACAGGGAAAAUGUACUUUAUUUUAAAUUAACCAAUUCAAUGGUUUACCUCAAUAUUUAAAAGGUAGUGUUGCUGCUCAUUUUCAAAGAAACAAACAUGGUUUGAAGUUUGUGUUUUUUCUCUGCGCCAGGAAUAAAUGAAGGGAUUUCUAAUAGCGUUUUUAAAGUAUGUAUUUUAAAUAGGAUACGCUCUGGGACAAAAUGCCAUCAGUGGACGUCACGAUGAUCACGUCAACGUAAUUGAACCCGAGAACUAGCGUUGUUUUUUGCUUAAAUGAGAAUUCUAUCUUAAGAUAAUUAUGCAUGCUUUUGAAUAAGAUUUUAUGAGACGGUUUGAAG